UUCCAUCAACAAACCAAAGUUCACUUUUAGACACGAUUUCUGCUUAAAACUUUAUAAAAAAUAUUAUUAAAUGUCUCAAUUCACUCAAAAAACGCCACGAUGAGUCUUUUCCUCUCCAAAGCCGGUCAAGCCGAGAUCAUCCGAAGUGCCCAAAAAGACAACCAAUUCAUCGAAGAAGUACAUUUGACACUAUCCGAGCUCUUUCGCCGCUACAGCCACACAUUAUGGAUCAAAUUUGACAAACAUCUCCGAACAGCGGUACAAAUUUUUUACUAUUCUUAUCACGCCUUGCUUGGAAUCCAAACUGUGGGCGAAGAAUAUACCGGAAUUGUGCAAAUUGACAAUCAAUUUAAAAAAUUACCGAACCGUUUGCUCCAAGUUUUAUGCGUGACCCUCGAGUAUGCCGGCGAAUUGGCUGUCAAAAAAGUCAUAACUGUGAUAAAAAAGGAUGUUCAAUCAAGUACUUCACUUCUUCCAAGAGCGAAAAUUCUCUUAACGCAAUUUUUGGAGACCUUAAUUGAUGUUAUUCCAUUUGUACAAAUGUUGCAUCGUGGAUUUUUCUACCUUUAUGGCAACAAAUAUCAACUUUCCAAGCGAAUAACGGGCAUAAAUUACGUUCUUGUGCGUUAUUGGCUCAAAAAAGAUCAUUCCGUGUUGGGAUAUAAGCUACUUGGAGCUAUCACGUUACUUCAGGCCGUCAUCACAGCGGGAUUUUAUGUGAAAAAGCGCUUUAGAACGCAGAAAAAUGAAAUUCUUCAACAAAAAAACGACUUUUCCGGCAUAAAAAGUGAAAGCGGGAAGACUUGUGUGCUUUGUAUGGAUGUCAGAACGAACGUUUCGGCAAUCCGCUGUGGUCACCUUUUCUGCUACGAUUGCAUCGUGGACUGGCUAAAGACGAAAAAUGAGUGUCCCGUGUGUCGAGAUCCCGCGAAACCAUCAAAUGUGAUUUUUUUACGGAAUUAUCAAGGGAUUUAACAAAAAAAAAAAAUUUUUUUUUUAUAGUUUCAUAUAAAUUAAAAUUCGUUUUUCUUCAAUUUUACAAAAAAAAAAUGUACAUCUCUUAAAAAAUAGAGAAUUUUUUUUACAACUCCGUCGUUUCCAAUUUUUUCG